UGACCCACAGCUUGAAGAAGCAAAAAAUAAUAUAUGGGAAGAUUUGUGUAUAUCUUUUGACCUGGAUGAGAGUCAUAGGCAUUAUAUCAUGAGAAAAGCAGCAUAUGCUCAUAGAAAGUUUCGAGCUACCCUCACAACAUAUCAUCUAAAAGAUGCAAAUGAAGAAUUCAAUCCUCAUCCUCCUAAAAUGUAUCCAGAGAUCCAGCAAGAGCAUUGGGAUGAAUUUAUUAAAAUGCGCCAACAGCCUGAAUUUCAACAGAUCAGCCAGGUCAAUCGCUCUAGAGCCGCAAGUACUCCUUUUCAAUAUAGAGCAGGAAGAAAGAGCUAUCCAGAUAUUGAACAUAGUUUGAGGGAAGAAGUUGGACCUAAUGCUCCAAUUUCUCGAGCUCUUGUUUGGAAGACUGCUCGAGAAGAUAAAGAAGGCAAAUUACCUGAUGAACGCACUCGAAAAGUCUGGGAGGAUUGUGUGAGUAUUAAUAUUUUAGUGUAUUACUUUAUUUACAUUAUUUACUUAAUAAUUAGUUUACAAUUUGUUCAACAGGAAGCAUUAUCACAAUCAAUAUCACAAGAUGAUGUGGGGGAGCAUGUGGAUGUCCUUGGUAGGGCAUUGGGAGCUCCAGAGGUCUCUGGUCGUGUUAGAGGAGUUGGAUUUGGCAUUUCUCAGGGCACCUACUUUGGACGUCGGUCUAAAAUUUUUACUGAAGAUGAUUUUAAUGCAAGGAUGGCAGAAAUGGAGGCGAGAAUGGAAAAAAAAUUUCAAGCUCAAAUGGAAAAGAGAUUUGAGCAAAUGAUUGGAGUUAUAAAUAUGCCACAAGGUAGCCCCAGUGAUAAAGAUAGUUGCUCCUUCCAUACUAAAGAAGACUUUCCUAAGGUUAUAAUUUUUCUUUCUAUUAUCUUCUCUUUAUUCACAAAUUAUGUUUCACAUUUUUUUAAGAUAUUAAUUUUUAAUUUUUAG